AUGCUGGCGUACAGCGGCAGCAACAUGUUGUGCAUCAAGACGGGGAACUUCCCGCCGCACAUGCAGAAGUUGCAAGGCUUCGUGGUGGGCUUCAAGGGCUCGAAGAUCUUCUGCCUGCAUUACAUUUCCAUGCAGACCAUCGAUGUGCCACAGAGCGCAUCGCUGUACAGAUAUAUGGAGAAGAAGGACUUCGAGACGGCCUACCGAGUGGGCUGCCUUGGGGUCACCGAGGCGGAUUGGCGGCUCUUGGCGCUGGAUGCCUUGCAGAACCUUCGCUUCGACAUCGCGCGGAAGGCCUUUAUCCGCAUUCGCGACGUGAGGUACAUCGACCUGUUGAAUCGCAUCACUCAGCAGUACGGGCACAAGGCCAGCCUUACCCAUGACGAGGAGAUGCUGGUCACCGCACAGGUGUUGGCCUUCCAGGGCAAGUAUGGGGAGGCGGCUCAGCACUACGGCCGUGCCCGCGCCUUCCAUGCCGCCGUGGAGAUGUGA